UUCAGUGAGAUUGGGACAGCGAGGAGGCUGUUAAACAAUCGUGGAUUAAGAUAGAAACUAUCGGUUUAGUUACUGUGUGGGAUGCGUGUUAGCUAUGCCAUAUAUUUAAUUGUACUAGAUAGCGAGCUAAUCAUAUGCUAACAUAACACACGCUAGCUACUUCUUGCUUAGUCUUUAGUUGACAGUCCAGUCAAGAAAAAAUAAUGAGAUCGGGUAUAAGUAAUGUUUUGGUGAAAACGAAAGCUUGAAGCUUCCUUGGUUCCAGAAACAAAACAGAAGUCAUUUGCCAAAGAUUGGUUUCCUCGUUUCAUCGAUCAUCUCGAAUGGGACUAAUAGUAAACUAGCCAGAGAGCUAACUGACGCGAGUGCCUCUAGCGAGACGUUCAAGACGCAACCGCACAACAAGCUAAGCUAAGCUAAGCCAACUAUGGACGGAUGUCAACCAAACAUGCAGCAAAGUAUCGACGAAAGAGGUGUGGAGAAAUGUAUGGACGAAUACUUGAAAUCCAUUGGGUUUCACCGGAAAAAAAUAGCCAAAGAUGGGUCGUGUCUGUUUCGGGCUGUAGCUGAACAGGUGUUGCACUGUCAAAGCCUUCAUACCAAAGUCCGUGCCACCUGUGUGCAGUAUCUAAAGAAGAACAAGGAUAACUAUGAGGCGUUCAUAGAAGGAGACUUUGAGGAGUACUUGAUCAAACUAGAGGACCCUCAGCACUGGGUGGGAGAGGUGGAGAUAAAUGCACUGGCUCUGAUGUACAAGAGUGAUUUCAUCAUCUUCCAGACCCCCGGUAAACCUCCUGUUCAAAUCACUGACAACGGCUUUAAUGACAAGGUGCGUCUGUGCUUCCUGAACGGGAACCAUUACGACAGCGUCUACCCCGUCUCUCGUGUGAAGAAUGCUGCCCUCUGCCAGUCCGUCCUGUACGAGCUCCUCUAUGAGCGUGUGUGCGGCACGGAGCGUUCCGUGGUGGCUCCCAGUCUGAAGGGCGGUACCGGUAACCGUGGUAACAACCUUCUAGAAGACGACCCGGACAAUGAGCAGUGUCGUAGCAGCGACGAGUCGGACGUGGAGGGAGAGGACGCUCUCUGGAGCCAGGAUGGACCAGCUGGACCUGCAGCCCACAGGGGGCACACCACUAAGAGUGGAGGAGGUAGAGGCCAACCCCUCUCCAACAGGGUCAGACGUUCUCUCAACCCCUUUCUCUACAGAAACACAGAGUACGAUGUCUGGGUGAAGUCCAAGAGAGCUCAGCAAAAGCUGGAUUUCUGCAUCGCUGCUGGGAUGCAGUACACCGUGGGAGACAAGUGCAAGGUUCGCCUUGACAACGGUGGGCGUUACUAUGGCGCCUACAUCCAGGAAGUGUCGCCUGACAACGGGCCCGUCACUGUCUUCAUAGAGGAACUGGGCAGGAAACGCUCUGUAUCCCUCUGGAAUCUGCGGCCCCCCACAGACGAGACGACGUCCUGGAGCACGGUGACCCGAGACGGAAAGAGACUGAACAACGUCUCCACUCCACACCCUGAGUGGGAGGGCAGGGGAGGAGGGAGGAGGUCAGGGAAUCCUUCGCCGUCGGAAACGCUGCCUGUCUCUCAGGCAAAAGGCCCCUCCCACAGCGUUGGGCGUGGCGUCCACAAGCAGCACUCUUGGCCCCCACAGGCCACCGUAGAGGAGGGAGGGGUCAGGAGCACCCCCCACCUCAACCCCAGGAGGCCAUCCUCCAGCACUAUGUCGGAGGCUGCAGCGUUUGGUCUGUCUGAGGCACAGCGUCUAGCCAGACAGGAGGAACAGAGAGACCUGGCCCUGCUGGAGAUGGAGCUACGGGACGAGACCAGCUUCCCUGCACUGGGGGUGGUGUCUAAUGCCAGGGAGGGGAAGAGGAGGAUAGGCAGAGGCAUGAGGAAAUCAACAGGAGACGAGGACCAGAAGUCACCAUCGCCUCCUACUCCUAACCUGCCUCCUACUCCUAACCUGCCUCCUACUCCUAACCCGCCUCCUACUCCUAACCCGCCUCCUACUCCUAACCUGCCUCCUACUCCUAACCUGCCUCCUACUCCUAACCUGCCUCCUACUCCUAACCUGCCUCCUACUCCUAACCUGCCUCCUACUCCUAACCUGCCUCCUACUCCUAACCUGCCUCCUACUCCUAACCUGCCUCCAACUCCUAACCUGCCUCCUACUCCUAACCUGCCUCCUACUCCUAACCUGCCUCCUACUCCUAACCUGCCUCCUACUCCUAACCUGCCUCCUACUCCUAACCUGCCUCCUACUCCUAACCUGCCUCCAACUCCUAACCUGCCUCCUACUCCUAACCUGCCUCCUACUCCUAACCUGCCUCCUACUCCUAACCUGCCUCCUACUCCUAACCUUACUCCUAACCUGCCUCCUACUCCUAACCUGCCUCCUACUCCUAACCUGCCUCCUACUCCUAACCUGCCUCAUCCUCCUAACCUGCCUCCUACUCCUAACCUGCCUCCUGUUCCUCCUGCUCCAACCACCACUACUCAUAUUGCUCCUUCCAUCACUCCUUUCCCUCUCUCUACUCCUGUCUCCUCCUCCUCCCAUCCCCCCCCACCCUCCUCCCUCUUUCCUCCCACACCCUUCCAUACCCCUGUCAACCCCGGGUCUAAACCACCCUCUGCUGUUCCUGUUGCCCCCACCCCUCACCUCGCCCCCCCUGCGUCUGGAGUUUUAACUGCUCCCCCUCUGGUGACCUCUAACCCCGCCCUCCCUCCAACCCCCACCUCUCUUCCUCAACCCUCUGUACUCCAGUGUUCUAGUCCUCAUCCUUGUCUCUCCCAGCCCUCCUCUCUCCCCCUCUCCUCUCUCCCCCUGGAUCCUCCAUCCUGUGAGGUGUCCUCAGCUUACCCCCCAGCUUUAUCCCACAUGGAUGUACCCCCCACUUCCUUCCUCCCUCCCGACCACCCUCCUCACCCCUCCCUUCCCCCCGGGCUCUCCCCAGCCCCCCUCCAGCCCCAGACUGCUCUCCACCAGCUGGCCCAUCUCUACCAAGACCCCCUGUACCCAGGGUUCCCUUUGUCUGACAAGGAAGAGAUUGUACAGACACCCCCCUACUCUUAUAUGCACACUGGAGAGGACCUGCCACGAGAUGUCAACAUCCUGAGGUUUUUCUUCAACCUUGGUGUGAAGGCGUUCACCAACCCCAUGUGGCCCCCCCACUCUUACAUCCUCCCUCUUCACCAGGCUUACAGCAUGCAGCCCAAACUUCCCUCAGUCUCCCUCCCCCUUUCCCACUGGUACCCCUCCCACUCCCCCGCUGUGACCCACAACCCUCCCACCUCCCACCCCCCCACCGCGCCCCAGGAGGGGUACGGACACCCCCACCCUCAGUACCCCCCCUCAGGUUUGGGGGGCCUCCAUCUCCAUGACCACCUCCAGAGACCAACCCUCCAAUCAGCUACAGAGCCUCCCCAGCAUGUGGAGUUCCGAUACGGGCAGGAUGGUCGCUCCGCCCUGGGGUAUCCAUCCAACCUUAAUGCCCACCCUGCCACCACCCAACCCAUGCCGCUCCAGGCCCGUAUGGGCGUCUCUAUACCCUGGUGUAGUAACGUUGCCCCACGACCAAACACCUACACUGGGAUAUGCUCCAUACCCACACCCAAGACACAAUACCCUCCACCAGCACCCCGACCUUCACCUCCCAACCAGUACCCGCCUGCACCCCAACCCUCUACCCACACCUCCCAACCUCAAGCUCAGCCCUACCCUCCAGCUCCAGCCGCCACCCCCCACUCUCCUCCCUCCGUACCCCAGUACCCCUCAGCGUCUCUGGGGUACUACCCCGCUCCGAGGCUGCCCAGUGGGAACCAGAGCCAGACCCCGCUGGAUCCUCACCCCGCCAGCGGUGCCUCUUGCCUGGGUAUGAGGUCCAGGCACAGCCCCCUGGAGAACCGUCAUGCUAAUACUACCUCUGUUAUCAAUAUUACUACUGAAGCUGCUGUUGCUUUGUUGUCGUCUACUGCUGCCUACACAGAGAGGGCUUUACAGAAUGUUCCUGCGGGCUUCACAGACAGAGGACAGGGAGACAUGAAGACGUCUGGCACUCUUCCUCCUAAUGAGCAGGUCACAUGGGUCCCCGAGGGUCACCUGACAACAGUAAGUGCCGAGGCCAUGUUCAAGGAUGUAUCUGUCGGCAUGGCGACGCAGGGCGCGGGUGACGCCCCCAUGACUCAGAGGGGGGCAGAGUUCAACAUGAAAAUGACCAACGAGACGACGACGGGGAGCUGGAGCGAGGGGGUGGUGACUUCAUAUUCAGUGACUCCAAGCGGCGAAACUUCAUUGGACGGAGACUGGGAGGGAGGGGAGGGGCUCGGCCCUAAUGACCCCACCCUCAGAAACGGAACGUUGUUCUACAGUCGCUCCUACAGAGGAGGAGGGGGGAGGGGAGGACACGAGGAGGGAGGAGGAGGGGGAGGGGGAGCUAGGGGGUAUAAAGAGAACCGUUGGAGGGGGGAGAGACGGGGGGAGGAGGUUACCGAGGAGGGGAGAGGAGAGAUAACAGGGACGGUUUCCGGGAGCGAGGGGACAGGAGGCAGGAAGGAAGAGGAGACUACCAGGGGUACGGCGCUUCUAAAGGACAGAAUGGGAGGGGCCGGGGGAGGGGCUUCCACUACAAUCAACAGCAAUCCAAUGGCAAAGAGGCGGGCUACUCUAGCGUGCUAAGGAACGCCCCCAAUACAGAUUUGUGAGAUUUGAUUGGCUGAUAUGGCUCGUUAUUUUUUGAGAUUGUGUUUAUUUUUUGUUUAGUGGAUUUCUGAUCUGGUAUUUUAAUCGUCUGAUUUGUGGGACUAUCUAGCUAUCGUUGAACCUUUUCUUUUCUUUUUUUUUUGGUCAAGUGUCUUUUUUCUCUGUGAUAUUGGUGCCUUCUGGACUGCUGUGUUCCGAAUGGCACCCUAUCCCCUAUUUAGUGCACUACUUUUGAUUUGCCCCCAUUGUGUGUCAUUUGGGAUGCUGGCCAUAUUUUCUUUAGAUCUCCUCUGAAAUAUGUUAUUCCUGUACAGAUAGAUGUUAUUCCAGAUAGUUGUUUUGCAUUUUCUAUACAUUUAAUAAAACGUUGCUGUAUUAUUA